AUGAAUAUCGCACAGCCGAUCUCGUCCGGAGUAGAGAGCGUCGAGUUUACGUUCUUGUCGCCAAAAGAAAUCCGAGCAAUCUCUGUCAAGCGAAUUGAGAACGACGAAACUUUUGAUGGACUUCUCAAUCCCGUACCAGGCGGUCUCUAUGACCCUGCCCUCGGCUCCUGGGGUGAUGCGCCAUGCACAACAUGUAACCUGAACCAGGCCACAUGUCCCGGUCAUGCUGGCCACAUCCAGCUUCCCGUCCCAGUAUAUCACCCGGUCUUUAUGGAUCAAGCCUAUCGACUUCUGAAGGCUACCUGCGUUUACUGCAAAGGCUUCCGACUUCCCCAGAAGGAACUACACAAAUACGUGUGCAAGCUGAAGCUUCUUCAAUAUGGUCUAAUUCAAGAAGCCCACAUGGUGGGUGUAAUUGGAGAGAAUGACUUAGCUAUCGAACUUGGAGACUUCUCUGGAUUGGAAAGCGAAGCAGAAGAAGAGGGUGGUAGCAACUCAAUCGACAGUGUGACUCGCGCACGAGACAAGUACGUGGAUAAGUGCCUUCGAGGCAUCAAGGUCAAGCGAGGCGACACGAAGAGAGGAAAGCACGAAGGUUCGAGCGAGAUGCGUCGAGAGAUUAUCAAGGAAUUCCUCGCCGAGAUUACCAAGCGAAGACUUUGCGCUAGCUGUGGUGGUAUUUCUCCAUCGUACCGUAAGGACCGAUUUGUCAAGGUUUUCGAAAGGUCGCUAUCCGACAAGGAAAAGGCCAAGAUGGCUCAAAAGAACUUCAAGCAAGCCGACGCCAUGGCUAGGAUCCAUCGAGUCACAACGAAACAGAAGGUCGAUGGAUACUCAUCCGACGAGGGUGUCGCGGACGUAGCUUCCCCGACUCUUGAGAAAGCGCAUAUUGAUGAAGAUGGCCUCGACCAUGACACAGACAUGUUGGAUGCCGACGCUGCUGCCACGUCUUCCGCUCCGCAGCGAUACAUCAGCGCCAUGGAGGUUCGAGCGCGUCUGAAUGAGCUGUUCAUCAAAGAGCAGGAAUUAGUUUCCCUCCUGUACAAUGCGAAACCCCCAACACGAAACUCUACCAAAGUCGCUCCCGAUAUGUUCUUCUUGACGACUAUCCUAGUCCCUCCUAACCGAUAUCGUCCUGAAGCCCGAACAGGCGAGCAAGAGAUUUCGGAGGCUCAGCAAAAUUCACUUUACAAGAACAUCCUCAGAGGCUGCGGAACGAUCGCUCGGCUACACCGACAGUUGCAAGAAGAGAAGGCUGAUUUCAAUCAACUCCAUCAGGCCUCGACGGAACUACAGGAAGCGAUCAAUGCGCUCAUUGACAAGAACAAAAACCCUGUUCAGGGCGCUGCCGCAAAACGCAACGAGGACGGUAUCAAGCAGAAGCUUGAGAAGAAGGAAGGUCUCUUCCGAAAGAAUAUGAUGGGAAAGCGUGUCAACUACGCUGCUCGAAGUGUUAUUUCACCCGAUCCCAAUAUCGAGACCAACGAAAUUGGUGUGCCACCUGUCUUUGCCAAGAAGUUGACAUAUCCGGAGCCUGUAACAAGCCAUAAUUUCCGGGAUAUGCAGCAGGCGGUCAUCAACGGAGUCGAUAAAUGGCCUGGUGCCUUCGCUAUCGAGAACGAAAAUGGCCAAAUUGUCAAUCUUCGCAACAAGUCAGUCGACGAUCGUGUAUCUCUGGCUAAUCAGCUGCUGGCUCCUUCCAGCAGCAACGCUGCUCGAACUCGGAAUAAGAAGGUCUAUCGUCACCUAACUAAUGGUGAUGUCGUUUUGAUGAACCGUCAACCGACACUUCAUAAGCCAUCCAUCAUGGGCCAUCGAGUCCGAGUUCUUCCUGGCGAAAAGACGAUUCGCAUGCACUACGCCAACUGUAAUACGUACAACGCCGAUUUUGAUGGUGACGAGAUGAACAUGCAUUUCCCACAGAACGAAGUCGCUCGAGCAGAAGCCCUUCAAAUUGCCGACACCGAUCACCAGUACCUCUCUGGCACCGCUGGAAAGCCUCUACGAGGUCUCAUUCAGGAUCACAUUUCAGUAUCGGUCGCUCUCUGCAACCGUGAUACCUUCUUCACCAAGGGUGACUAUCAACAGCUAGUUUACAACGCACUGCGCCCCGAAAGUGGUCAUAUCGUUGGCGAGAGGAUUGAACUUGUUGCCCCGGCAGUAAUCCGGCCCGUUGCUCGAUGGACCGGUAAACAGGUUAUUACCACCAUCCUCAAGAACAUGCAGCCCCCCAACUGUGGCGGACUUUGCAUGAAGGCGGAGACCCAAAUCAAAGCCAGCCAGUGGGGUAACAACUCGGAAGAAGGCACUGUUCUAUUCCAAGACGGCGAAUUCAUCACCGGUAUCCUAGAUAAGUCGCAGAUCGGACCCAGCUCUGGAGGUGUCAUCCAUGCUGUUCACGAAAUAUAUGGUCCGGCUGUUGCGGGCAAGCUAUUGAGUAGUCUCGGCAGGUUGCUCACCAGGUACCUCAACAUGAGAGCUUUCUCUUGUGGUAUGGAUGAUUUGCGACUCACUCCGGAAGGAGAACGAGCUCGUCGAGAAGCACUCAUCCCUGCCGACUCGGUUGGUCUGAAAGUUGCAUCUUCAUACGUUUUACUAGAGCAAAUUCCCGGUCCCAGAGAUCCACUUCUCCUGGAGCGUCUUGAAGAGGUGCUUCGAGAUGACAGUAAACAAGAAGGUCUUGACCUUCUGAUGAAGGAAGGUCUCAGUGGUAUCACGGACAAGAUCCAAACAGCCACAAUGCCUAUUGGUCUGGAGAAGCCGUUCCCCUUCAACCAAAUGCAAGCUAUGACCACAUCUGGUGCAAAGGGAUCAAGAGUCAACGCUUCAUUGAUUUCCUGCAACCUUGGUCAGCAAGUUCUUGAAGGUCGGCGAGUGCCUAUCAUGGUCAGUGGCAAGUCACUACCAUGCUUCAAUCCAUUCGAGACUCAUGCUCGAGCUGGUGGUUAUAUUGUGCAGCGCUUCCUUACAGGCAUUCGCCCCCAGGAGUACUACUUCCAUCACAUGGCUGGUCGAGAAGGUCUAAUUGAUACUGCUGUCAAGACGUCCCGUUCUGGUUAUCUCCAGAGAUGUGUGAUCAAGGGUAUGGAGGGCCUGACUGUUGCGUACGAUACUACCGUACGAGAUGCGGAUGGCUCUAUGAUCCAGUUCCUGUAUGGCGAGGAUGGCCUCGACGUAUCCAAGCAGAAGUACUUGACUGAUUUCAGCUUUAUCUUGGAGAACGUCACCUCGGAGGCUGCACAGCUCCGAUACGACCCCAGCGUCGGGGAGCGACUAGGACUGCACCGCGACUCAAUCACCAAGUACAUGAAGAAGGCUCUCAAGCACAAUGAUAUCAAGGACCCGAAGGCUCAGGAUCCGCUUUCAGGUCUCUUCAACCCCGCCACGACCGCAUUCGCUACAUCCGAAAACUUCUAUAAGGCUAUGUCUUCUUACCUCAAGGAGAACAAGGAUGGGCUUGUCCGUGACAAAUCAGACAAGAACAAGCUCGCACUUUCUCGUAUAAGCCUUAACAAAAAGAACGCGGAGAUGCUUUUCGCAAUGAAGUACCUACGCUCCCUUGUUGAGCCUGGAGAAGCUGUCGGCAUCGUGGCGGGUCAAUCCGUUGGUGAGCCUUCUACCCAAAUGACGCUGAACACGUUCCAUUUGGCAGGACAUUCCGCCAAGAACGUCACACUGGGUAUUCCUCGACUGCGAGAAAUUCUUAUGACUGCCAGCAACCAUAUUUCCACUCCAGCUAUGUCCCUCUAUCCGAUUGAGGAGAUGUCUGCAGAAGACGUAGAUAUCUUUGCUAAGUCAAUCUCUGUUUUGCCUCUUGGCUUUAUCCUAGAUAGCAUCAGUGUUAAGGAGAAGGUUGGCCAUGGCAAGCUUCACAAUUCAGCCAAGAUUUACCAAGUCGACCUCAAAUUCUUCGACUCGGAAGAGUAUACCAAGACUUACGCCAUCAGCACCUCGGACGUCGUUGACACAGUUGAGAGCAAGCUUCUCCGCCGACUGCUGGCUCUUGUGAAGAAGGAUAUUAAGAAGCGAAUGACGUUGUCUACAAUGGCCACCCCGGAUGUUGGUGUUAAGGCUGGUGUGGUGGAAACCGCUGCUCCCAAUACUGAAACCGGCGGUAAUUUCGACGAGGACGACGAUGAUGACGAAGGCGAUGACGAUGCAACAAAUGCCAAACAAAAGGCCAACAGGAGUGAGGCAGUAUCGUACGGUCCUAACGACGACGAUGAUGAUGCUGUUCAGCAGGAGAUGGAGCGGGACGCAGCUGAUGUCGACGUAGACGACGAAGGUCUUGGCGGCAGCCUGCGACAUGCUGAGGGUGGUGAGGACGAUGAAGACGGCGAUGAUAUCAACUGGUCUGCAAAGGCACGGAGUGACCGUGUUCUCGAACAGAACGCCGAGAUCACCGAUUUCGUGUUUGAUGAGAAGAGCGGAACCGCCUGCAGCUUCACACUCGAGUUUGAAUCAACCAUUCCCAAGGUCUUGAUGCUCAACCUUGUUCAAGAUGCUGUGAAGAAGACUGUGAUCCAGGAGAUCUCUGGUGUCGGAGCUUGCACUUUUGUCGAGGAGAAGGGUACGAAGGUCAUUCACACGGCCGGUGUGAACUUGCAAGCGAUGCAGAGGUACAGCGACUUUAUCGACCCCAACCGUAUUCAGACCAACGACAUCGCUGCAGUGUUGGCAGUGUAUGGUGUUGAAGCCGCUCGUCAAAACAUUGUGCAGGAGCUUGCGGGCGUCUUUGGAUCUCACGGUAUCAAGGUGGAUAACCGUCAUCUAAACUUGAUCGGAGACCACAUGACAAGGAAUGGUGGUUUUACGCCUUUCAACCGCAUGGGACUCAAUGGUAACGUGAGCCCAUUCACCAAGAUGAGUUUCGAGACCACCUUGGCGUUCCUCAAGGACGCUGUGCUAGAUGGCGAUUGGGAUGACUUGUCUACACCCAGUGGUCGGUUGGUGAUGGGUAGACUUGGAAAAGUUGGCACAGGUGGAUUCGAUGUUCUGGCGCAGCUUCCUACAUAUCAUGUUGAUUCUUUGGCGUAA